AUUUGCUGGGGAUUUGGCCACCCUUGUCUCGGAGAAGGCAGCCCAUUGGCCUCUUCCCCUUCCCAAGAAGGCGGCCAAGAUCCCCAAUCCCGGGUGAAUAUGCGACCAAAUCCAGUGGGUAUUAUAUUAUUUAAACAACCACGAGUUCUCUCCUGCGUGCUCGGUUCUAGUCUUCUAUCUCGCAUCUUGCAUCUCGCAGUUUCUGUCUCUCGUUUACCAUAUACCAGCAAUCAUCUCUUCGUGAUACCCUACAUCUUCUAAUACCUCAUCCAUUAACCCUAUCGUCACCAUGAAGUACUCUGCUGCUCUGGUCUCCCUGGCUCUCGCCACCAGCGUCGCCGCCCAGGGCUUGGCUGAUCUUCCCGAAUGCGCUCGUGAUUGUGCCACCCAGUACCUCCGUGGUGGGAUUGGCAACUGUGGUAGCGACCCCGAGUGCAUCUGCAAGAACAGCACCUUCCUCGACAGCAUCGCCUGCUGCCUCGUCGACGUCUGCAAUGAGGCGGACCAGAAGACCGCUGUUUCCGUUGCUGCGACGCUCUGCAAGGCCUUCGGCGUCAAUGAUCUCCCCACCGCUGUCACCUGCGCUACUGCCAGCCCCUCGGCCACCACUCCCGUUAGGACCUCGACUCGUGCCACUACAGCUGCCAACACUGACACCGCCGUGACCACCCCCGCCGGUACCGCUACCACCGAGGCCACCGAGGCCCCCAGCACCACCGAGACUGAUGCCCCUGAGGAGUCGUCCGCCACCGAGACCGAGACCGACGCUGAUGCUCAGGAUGCCUCUAGCACCAGCACCAGCACCAGCACCAACUUCGGCCCCCGUCCCACCGUCGCCGCCGGCUUGGGUGCCAUUGGUGGUCUUGCUGCUGCCUUUGCUCUCCUCUAAAUCUGAUCGAGUGGGAGGACGUUUGAGCUUGGCCUAGGGCAUCGCUGUGAUAAGGGGGGGCUGGGUGGACAGUAAAUGAAGCUCGGGGCGUGAGGGACGGCGUUGCUUGAUGUUUUGCGGAAGUUGAAAAUACCCAAUUUGAUAAAUUACUUUCUUAGCUUGUUGUAGCCGCAUGCGCAGUGUAACAAUAUGGUGGAGAGCCGGGGCCAUAGACGUUUUGUACUGGCUUUUCUCCGUAUAGCAUGGGGCUAACGAUGGCCUGCGUUACUUUUGAGACCCGCUCGUGGCUUGAAAUGUAUAUGUUCCAACCAAGCCUGUCAGUGUCGUUCUCUAAUAGUUGGAAGAUGCUGCAAAACGAUUCUGUAAACUCCCUCGAUUGGAAGUCAUCAAGAAAAACGAUGACCUUCAAGCAAGGCGCGGUAUUAUCAUUAAUCAUGUCAUAAUCCCAUAUCCCUAAUCUGUACUUCGCUGCUAAAGCCACCAUUUUCUAUCCCUUGACGCUCGCCAUGCCGUGCCACAUCAUGAGUAGUAUAAUAUACCAAUGGUCGUUCCUCGUCCCAGCCAAACAUGUUGAAACCAUAUCCUGUCCCAACACCAAUAUCUUAUGCCAUUCUUCCCAUAUAUAAC